GUGAAAUUUUUUCUCCCGAUCUAAAAUCGCGAAAAAAGUAGUUAAAACACUGGUUAAAAAUCUGAACCACUAUUCCCGACCAUCGAACUGAAUUUGAAUGCUGCUUCUGUAGUGCAAGUGAGGCGAAAAACCGCGGUCAGACGGAAAGCAGUGCUCGUGCAAGAUGCGAUUGAUUCCGAUGGUGGUCAAAUUUUGCCCUGAAAGGAAGGGAUAUGUCAAUAAGAGCAAAAACAGCAGCAGCUGCAGUAGCAGUCGCAGCCGUGCGAAUAACUACUGGCUGUUGACUGCCGUUUGUUCGUUGUUGCUUGUACUGUUGGCCGGACAGGUAGCGGCAGCUGCCGGAACCGAUCCGUACAAAAUCCUGGGAGUGCAAAAGCACGCCAAUCUACAGGACAUCCGUCGAGCUUAUAAACAACUGGCCAAAGAAUGGCAUCCGGAUAAAUCGGAUCAUCCGGAGGCGGAAACUAAGUUUGUAGAGAUAAAGCAGGCCUACGAGCUGCUGUCGGAUGCUGAACGACGGAAGGCGUACGAUCUGCAUGGGAUCACCAACGAGGAUGCCUAUCUGUACAAGGAACGGCCGGAUUACAGCAGCUAUGGACGCUUCCCGGAUCCGUUCGAGCAGUUUUUUGGUCACAAUUUUAACUUCCACGAUCAGGACAUCAGCUUGUUCCACAAACUGUCCAUCACUUCGAAAUAUUACGAGACGAACAUCGUUCCGAAGAGUCACCACACUCCGCAGAUUCUGAUGUUCUAUUCGGAUUGGUGUUUUUCCUGCAUGAAAGCGGCAAAUUCGUUUAAGAAGAUGAUCGAUACGCUGGAACCGUAUGGGGUGACGUUUGCCACUAUAAAUGCGGGUCAUGAGAAUCAACUCGUACGGAAGGUUGGCGUUCAUUCGCUUCCCUGCGUGAUUAUGGUACUGGAUGGACACAAUUAUGUGUAUAAGGAGAGCGUUUACAAUACCCAGCGGGUAGUGGAAUUUAUCAGACAAAAGUUGCCUUACAAAUUGCUGCCCGUAGUCGACGACAGUUCGAUCGAUUCGUUCCUCCAGGGUUGGGCGGACAAUCGAGUGCGUGCGCUAGUGAUAGAGCCUCGCAUGCAGCCACGUUUACGCUAUCUUAUCACGGCUUUCCACUUCCGGGAACGGGUAGCGUUCGGUUUCGUUCAGCUGACGUCCGAAAAGAGCAAGCAAAUACAGGAACGUUUUAAGUUGCAUCCUUCACUGGAUUCGUUGCUUAUCUUCAACGAGGAUGCCAGCCGACCGGUGGCUUCGAUUUCGAUGUCAGACAUACCGACAUCGACCCUGACCAACAUCAUCUCCGUUAACAAGUUCUUAGCACUGCCGCGUUUAUCUUCGCAAUCGAUGUUGGAAGGGGUCUGUCCGGCGGAGUGGAAUCGACCGCGCAAGCGGUUGUGCGUGGUUUUGGUGACCGAGAAUACGGCCAUGCACGAUGAGGCUCGUAACGCUAUGAGAAGAAUUGCGUUGGAGUCCGGUUACAGUCCGGAUCGGGUGCGGUUUGCUUACAUUUAUCAGGAAAAGCAAACCGAAUUCAUUGAUGCUCUGGCGGAACACGGUAAGGUGGAGGAAACUAUGCUGAAAGUGGUAAUCAUUUGGCGGCGCGAUACCAAACACAUCAAGUACGAGUGGGUACACGAGGCUACCCUGCAGCAGUCGACGGAUAAAAGCGGCGUGGAGAACGAAACGCACGAGUUGAUCUACAACAACACCAAGCAGAAGCUGGACGGAGCGAUUCAGCGUUUGCUGCGGUCGACGGAAGCGUUGAGCUACGAGGCGGAGGUGAAGGACCUGCUGGACGAGCAUGCCCAAGGACUGGUCAUUCGCAUCCUGAACAAGGUCCUGCUGGCGUUCGAGUACAUGACGGAAAACCUAGGCCAGGAGCACAUUUUGCCGGCACUAUCCGUUAUGGGAACGGUUGCUUUCAUACUGGCCGCCGGCUAUCUGAUGUCCUAUCUGGUACGCAUUGAAGAGGAAAACAUCCAGAAGAAGCAAAGCAAGAGUGCAGAUGGGAAAAAUGGUAAAACCACCAACUACGUUCCGGAGCUGCGCCUGCACGAGCUGCGGGCGGAAAAGUACAACGGAUUGGUACGGUUGCUGAAGCCCGGUUGUCGCACCAUCGUCCUGCUGACGGAUAUGCAGUCGCGCAACAAGCUGAUUCCGGCUUUUCACAAAGCCGUAUGGCCCUACCGGAAUCUCGGUUCCGAUUCUUCCGAUUCCGAUUCUUCCAGGAACAAAACACUAAUGUUCGCCCAUAUGUUGAUCGAAAAGGGAAUCGGCUGGUAUGCCGAACUGUUGCGCCUCUCGCUGUCCGAAUCGCGCGAGAUGAAAAUCAACCCACGCAACUGCAUCGGCACGGUGAUUGCACUCAACGGGCACCGGAAGUAUUUCUGCAUGUACCACGCUAAACAUCCGGAGUCCAAUCGGGGCGCGAAGCGCAUGAUGAAGAUGACCCGACAGCUGAGUACCCUGCCAUCCGACCCGGAAGCCGGUGCCUUCCUGGGGCUGGAUAGUUCCGACUCGGAAGCGAGCACAUCGGACAUAUCGGAGCCAAAGAUUUUGCUGGAGGAGAACCUCCUGGACGGUUUGCCCAACUGGUUGGACCGGCUGUUUGAGGGUACCACCCAUCGGUACUGUAUCAACUAUUGGCCGGACUUCACUUCGAAGUAAACUUUCCACAACAACAGACAGUUUUUGACAGAACCUUUGUGAAGUGAUUGCAGUUAUUAGUUUGAUGAAGCCAAAGAAGAGAGGUCCGAAGAUGCAGUCGAAGGGUCGACAAGUUUUGUAUUGUUCUGAGAUUUGCCGAAAGACACGAGCAGCGCAGCAUGCAGUUUGCUCGAUAAAUUUUCCUCGUUUUAUCUGUUUUCUAUUUUCUAAUGACACUUUUUACAGUUUAAAUCUAGUAAUAUAUCUGUUAUCAGGGUAAGUAAUUUAUUUGAUCGACUUCAGAUUAAUAAUUGUUGAAUUUACAGCUAAUUUCGCUAACAAGCAAAGUCAGUCAGUCAGUCAGUCAGUCAGUCGGUAGUGGAGAUAACUGAUCUAGUCAAAUUUAACCUAUAGAAAUACUGGCAGAAGGGGGAAACAAUGUUAAUGUUUCCCAAAAAAUAGGAAUAUUCAUCUUGAUUACCUAUAAUAUAGUAAAAUAGUUUGAGUCUAGAAUAUAAGCAAGCUAGAAUAUCCGAGUAUAAAACAAAAUUAGAACCAAUUUCCUAUGAACUUUCGUUUCACGAAACAGAUAGCUUUCACGGGGUAAAAAAAAAGAAAUGAAACGUUUUCCCUUCGCGCCUGUCACGCCACGCGAGAAGUCACAAUAAACGAUAGAAGAAAAAAGAAGUAUGAAGACAGACAAAAAUCGAAGACUGCACUUGACUGCAUUUCCGGUAGUUCCAUCUAGCGAAAGUUUCACUCCGAUCUAAUGUAAUGUAGCUGCCAAUAUCUGUCCGGGCACAUGAAGGAGCCAGAAGGGAAAACUGCGGAACUCAACCAAUCACCAAACAGAACGGUGUGAAUGAAUUAGUAUUAAACUAAACAGGAGAUGCCCCAUAGCCGCUCGGGAUGCUUGUUUACGACGCGUAUGAAAUUUUUAAAACUAAUCGAACUUUUGAAAUCCAGGAAACUACUAUGUAACUAGGCUAGGCUCGAGCAGCGUUUGAUUUGCGUAUACGCCACGAACGAAUAGUGCUAGAUAAAGAUCACUACACACUAGAAAAGGGUUGCCCCGACGGAAGGCUUCGAUAAGCUCGCCGAGAAGCUCUGUUAGGUAAACGCGAACAACAUUUAAAAUAAAGAAAAAACCUUCACACAACACACAAACACUUUCCGGUGACAAUUUGGGUAAC